CCUAUUGGUCGAGAAACAUAGAAUGAGAUGACGUGUGUUCCGUGUUUCUGGGUCCCGCUGAAAAGGUAACUUUCGGUCACUUCUGGGUUCAGACAUGACUGACCGGGUUUUCGGCUGUUGAGGCUCAACGUGGUGACAAUAGUGGACCCAAAGCCUUUAUAAUACACCUGUGGGACCAUAAAAUACCUGCGUGGGCUUUUCUCAUCCCAGCUUUGACAGCUGUGCACUUACACUUUGAAAUCUUUUUAAAAAGCAGUUCAACAAUCAAGACUUUUUCAACCACCGCACACCAAAAUGGGUAUCCAGUCAAACUCUGCCCUCCAAUCUUUCCUGCUCUAUCCAAUCCACCUUCUGAUAUGGAUGUACUCAAUCCUCUCCUUCCUUCCUUGGUACUUCGUCACUGGAGUUCGCCAAAGAAAAUUUCUCUCCAGGCGAAUUAAGGCCCGCUCCACGUCAGGCCACCCAGAGGGACCAUACCGAUCCGUGGACCACUUUGAUUCUCUCGCCGCGGAGGAUUUCCCAGGGAAGGACACCCUGGAUAAGUUGUUCAGGCAUGCUGUGGAGCGCUUUGGACCAGAUCCUUGUCUUGGGACCAGAGAGAUCCUGAGCGAGGAGAACGAGACUCAGUCCAACGGUAAAGUUUUCAAAAAGCUGAUCUUGGGGGAGUAUACAUGGUUGUCCUACAAUGAGGUGGAGUCUAUAGUGAACGAGUUUGGCAGCGGGUUGGCAGCGCUGGGGCAGCAGCCCAAAAGCACCAUCGCCAUCUUCUGUGAAACCAGAGCAGAGUGGAUGAUCACUGCUCAGGCCUGCUUCAGGCGGAAUUUCCCAUUGGUGACGUUUUACGCAACUUUAGGAGAAGAAGCGAUUGCGUAUGGACUAAAUGAAACAGGAAUUACACAUCUGAUUACUAGCAUGGAACUGCUGGACUCUAAACUGAAAAAUGUGCUGCCACAGAUCCCCUCUUUAAAACACGUGAUCUACGUGGAUGAGAAGAAGUACAACGCAGAAGGCUUUCCCGAAGGGAUUUCCAUCCGCAGCAUGGAGGCCGUGCGAGAGCUGGGCAAACUACCGGAGAAUAUGAAGAAGCCGAUUGAGACCCCCGAGCCCUCAGAUCUGGCUGUGGUGAUGUACACCAGCGGUUCCACUGGGAGGCCCAAAGGAGUCAUGAUCGUCCACAGUAACCUCAUAGCAGGAAUGACAGGCCAGUGUGAGCGCAUCCCAGACCUGGGACCUAAAGAUACAUACAUUGCCUAUCUGCCGCUGGCUCACGUCCUGGAAAUGACGGCAGAAAUCUCCUGUGUCACAUACGGCUGCCGCAUCGGGUAUUCAUCUCCUCAGACUCUGUCGGAUCAGUCUACCAGAAUAAAGAAAGGGAGUAAAGGAGACUGCUCUGUUCUUAAACCCACCUUGAUGGCAGCUGUUCCUGAAAUAAUGGAUCGCAUCAACAAGAAUGUGAUGAGCAAAGUGCAGGAAAUGAGUUACAUUCAACGGACGCUGUUUACACUGGGAUACAAAUAUAAACUGGAACAGGUCAAGAAGGGCUAUGACGCACCUGUCUGCAACCGCUUGCUCUUCGGGAAAGUGAAGAAGCUGCUGGGCGGGAAUGUGAGGAUGAUGCUGUCCGGGGGAGCACCUCUGUCCUCGGACACGCAGAGGUUCAUGAACGUGUGCUUCUGCUGUCCCGUGGGCCAGGGCUAUGGCCUGACUGAAACCUGCGGAGCUGGCACCAUCACAGAAGUUGCAGACAUCAGCACCGGUCGCGUCGGAGCUCCUCUGGUUUGCUGCGAGAUCCGCCUCAGGGACUGGGCUGAGGGUGGUUACACAACAAAGGAUACACCAAACCCAAGAGGGGAGAUCCUCAUUGGCGGACCCAACGUCACCACGGGUUACUUCAGGCACGAAGGCAACGAUGAUGACUUUUUCCAGGACGAAAAGGGUCAGCGGUGGUUCUGCACCGGAGAUAUAGGAGAGGUUCAUCCUGAUGGCUGUCUGCAGAUAGUGGACCGCAAGAAAGACUUGGUGAAACUGCAGGCCGGAGAGUACGUGUCUCUUGGUAAAGUGGAGUCUGCUCUGAAAACCUGCCCUCUUGUAGACAACAUCUGCGCAUACGCAAACAGUGAGCAGAACUUCGUCAUCAGCUUUGUGGUUCCAAACCAGAAAAAGCUGACAGACCUGGCCAAGGAGAAAGGAAUUGAGGGAACGUUUGAGGAGCUCUGCGUUCACCCUGAAAUGGAAAAGGAGGUUCUGAAGAGGAUUACUGAUGUCGCACUCAAAAUUAAACUCCAGCGAUUUGAGAUUCCAGUGAAAGUGCAUCUGAGUCCAGAGCCAUGGACCCCUGAGACGGGUCUGGUUACAGACGCAUUCAAGCUGAAGAGAAAGGAGCUAAAGAACCACUAUUCUGACCACAUAGAGAGGAUGUAUGGAGGGAAAUAGGUCCACUUUGUCAGAGGUCCGUGUCCAUAUCAUCCCUGACCCUGGCUUUUCCUGACACAUUCACACUUUGUCACUCGAUUCAAUUCAACUUUUCCAAUAGAAACCCACGAUCAGAGCUACUAAACACACGAUCGCUACACCAAAAGGUACUAAGCCUCCAUCAGUCCCAUGAUCCCCUGCUUCAUCAGCAGCAGCCAUCCUGGUUGUUUACCCAAGUGCCUCAGCGGUGCUCCUCUGUACAAACAAGUCCAGUUAGAUUAGUUGUGACUGUUCAGUGCCAGUCUGACAGAAGAGGAGGCAAGAGAUUAACGUUUAUUUAUAUUAUUCUUUUUUUUUUGUCUUAACUUAAGCUGGUCUGGCUUUCAGCCUGGUAAAUGACUUUUUUUACCUGGCUUAAAGCUGCUCGUACACCAAAUAAUUUGUCUUUAAGACAAACGCCGAAGCUGUAGAUAGCUGUAAAAAUAAAAAAACAACUCUGUGCUCCUUUUCUCCGUCUCUUUUGAAUAUCGUGUCUGAUGUAUGACUAUAAUAGAAGCACUGGAGUGACAAAUGUUUCACAAAAGUUCAGCCACAGCACUCCACUGCCAUUCACUCAAAACCUGUCUGCACCCUGCACCAGACUGCAGCUAAAGUUCCUGAUUUGUCUGUGGUGUUACGAGAACAUUAACAAAGGUCAAUGGAUCAAAGCAGCUUACUCUUUAGUGAAGUUGGAGUGCUGAUGUUACUGUGCCUUCAGUUUGACAGGACUGGCAUAGUAAAGUGAUUCUAGACUAGAAUUGUCUUCUAAAUGGCUUAAUAGCCAUGUUGAGUUUACACGAGAGGAAAAGUGAUGUCCACCCAAAGAUAGACGUGAAUUAUUUCAAAAAUAGACAUUUCUGUUUAGCCACUGUUUUCAUAUUUUUUGCCAGUUAUAUUUAAUUUAUACUUCUGUUGAUGUGUUUAAUAAGUAGAGGCCCAAAAAGGAUAAACGAGUCUGUCUCAGGAAGAUGCGCAUUCUUAAAAAUGUGAAAGAAGGAUUUGCUUGUCGAUGAAGCUUUUUAGGAUUCUUACAGGCACAUUAUUUAUUUAGGAAAAGCAACGCUGAACUGCUCGCAGGCUUAGCAGCCGUAGUUCCAGCUGGAGUACUGUAAUGCGGUGCAUACUGUACAGCAAUUGAAAGCUAUACGUGGUUUAGGAUCAGGAGGUUCACAAUGUGUUUGUUCGAUAUCAUAGGAGGGUUUUCUGUGGAUGUUUUUUUCCUAGUACUUUUUUUUGUGUUAAACUUUAAGACCGUGACAGCUGCUUUCAUGUUGUCUGGAAAUUGUAUUUAUUUUCACGUCCUUAUGGUCACAUGCUCUGUGCAGGUUUAAAGAAUAAACAUCUUUUCAUAGGAA